AUUCGAUCAAAGCGUUAUUCAGUCGGAAUUGGAUCGAUCAAAGCGUUUUUCAGUCGGAAUUGGAUCGAUUGUGAUGGAGCAAUCUCAGUCGAAAAUCUAUCAGGUUAUCGCGAAACUUUUGGAUGGUAAAUCAAGAACCUUGAAUUUCGAAACCCCAAUAAUUUCAGUUUCAUCCAUCAAAGCUCAAAUCCAAAAGCUUACGUCGAUCUCGGUACAGCAACAGCUCCUUUUAUGCGACGGCAAAACACUUUUCGACGAUGGUGUAUUGUACCAUGGGAAUUCUUCACCAUCAACCGUCCACCUCCUGCUCCGUCUCCGGGGAGGGAAGGGUGGAUUUGGAUCGUUACUCCGUGGAGCGGCCACGAAAGCUGGGCAGAAGAAGACGAAUAACUUCGAUGCAUGUCGCGAUAUGAGUGGUAGGAGGUUGAGGCAUGUGAACGCGGAGAAGAAGAUGGAGGAGUGGUUGGCUGAAGAGAAAGAGAGGAAGCUAGAGAAGGUGGCGGAGGAUUUCAUUAAGAAGAAAGCGAAGACUGUGAAGAAGGCGGGAGGUGGUGAUGGGGCGGAGAAGUACGUGGAGAAGUAUAGAAAGGAUUCAGCAAAGUGCAUGGAGGAGGUUGAUAAAUCAGUUAGGGCAUCACUUGCUGGUGGGUUUCUGAAAUCGAAGAGGAAGGUUGUGGGGGAGGACGUGGAAGACAUUAGCGGUUCGAAAUCGAAGAAACUUAAGAUUUGGAUGGGAAAGAGAAAAGUGGAUGAUAGUGAUAGUGAUGACAUGGAUGAUGAAGAUAGUGAUGAUGAUAUGGGUCAGGGGAAUGAGAAAUCUGUCGUUAUAGACAAUGAAAACCAAUCAGACUCCAAUAAGGAAGCAGAUGGAAGUUUAGCAUCUGUCACCGGUGGGAAAGGUGAAGGAGAAUCUUCAGUUGGCUGUUCAUCUGAGAGUGCUUCAGAGGAAGAGAAGGAGACUGUUGCCAAAGGACAAUUGGAAUCCACUAAAUCUUCGGAUAGUGAACUACCUUAUUGUGAAGCAGUUGAUGCAUCAGUGAUACAUGAAGAAAUCAUACUAAAGAAUUCAAAUGAAUCAACUGUUCCCAUUGAAAUAGAGAAAUCCGCCAAACCUGAGUUAGGUGACUUAGAAGAAAGAGAGUCUGAACUUCCAAGAGCUUCAAAUGUACAAGAGGAUGGAACCACUGAUGAAGAAGCUAAAAUUUCUGAUCCUAAAGUAGUAAUUGAUGAAGAAAAAGUGUCUACAAAGAAUGUUUGUCCCGUCUUGGAGAAGCACCUAAAUUUUGAUGAGUUCAACACGGCACAAGAGAUGGAGGUUCUAGGCAUGGAAAGGCUUAAAUCUGAGCUUCAAGAAAGGGAAUUAAAAUGCGGGGGUACCUUGCAAGAACGUGCAGCCAGGCUUUUUCUUUUGAAAACCACGCCAUUGGAUAGGCUACCAAAGAAGUUGCUUGCAAAGAAGUGAUUCAAGAAUGCUUUACUCGGUCAUGUAUCGUAUGUUUGGAAGGUUCCUUUUUCCUGUUUGUUCUGUUUCUGACUUUAUGCAUUAAAGCUCCUUAGUAUGCUUGAUAUGCGAAUUCAGCUCACAAGAAAUUAUCUCUCUCUAUAAAAAAUUCUACCUAAUGAAUCUCGUUUCAGCACAUAAAGAAUGAUAUAUAAUUGGUACAUGUGGCAUGUGAACUGCGUGCUUAUGAGUCAUGAUUACUAAAUACAUGAUGCUUGUUUUCUUGUUC